UAUUACCUUGGAUCCUUGCUGACGAUUGGUAAUCGAUCUGAAGUUGUACGCAAACAUCGUUAACAAUUUUUAAAAAUUCAAGAAUUUUCAUCGCGCGCAUUCUGACUCAAACAACGCAUGACCGACCUCUUAUAAUACUGCGUUAAUUGUGAAUGAUAUAUCAUAGUGGUGCUUACCUGUCCAAGAUGCUGUGAAAUUCAACACGAAUAAUCAAAAAAUUUUAUCAAUCACUCGUGAGAAAGAUAACUAUUCAAGAUGUUCAGAAUCGAUGACACCGAAGAUUCUGGAACAGAUAUCAAGAACAUGGCACUGAUUCCUGCAAUGAAUAAGUUUAAUGCAUUCAUGGCUAAGGAAAUCCAUGCUGCAGAUCAAAGAUACACGGAUAUUUCGCAGGAACCCAUCGAUUAUAGCCUGGGUUGCAAGGAAAAGAAAAGGACAAUGGACAAGGAUAUUGGCAACAACAACACAAUAGAAAACAUCUGUAAUGCAAAAAACUCUUUACCGAUUAAGAAGCCCGUCCAAAGUUUACCAGAAAAAACUGUUCACACUCAGAUCGAGAAUUCUCACAUCAUGAAGAAGAGUGCUUUGGAUUUAAGUUUGGAAGCAGCCGUUCCAUGUGUAAAGAGCAGCACGAGUAUCAAUUGCUCAAUGCAAAAUACCGCCAAGGUGGAAUCACCCGAUACACACACAAUUAUUAACAUCCAGCAGAAGGAGAAUCAAAAUUCAGCAGAACUUUUAGAAGAUGAGAAAGAGAACUCUGCUGUCAAUGGAAGAAUGAUGCCUAACAAAAAAUUCAAUCAUUUUAUCUUAGUAUGCAACAACACAAAGAUGUUACGAGUUGAACCGAGAAUUUUACGCACACAAAAACCAUGUAAUACAAUGUCUUGUGUUGAUAGGAUCAAUCACAAUAAUCAGCCACAAAGGGGUCUACUGCGAGAAAUCGUCUUAAAGAAAGAUAAAAAAGAUUCAUUACUUCAAGGUCAAGCAGUGAAUUCAACACCCAAUAUUGGUGAAGAAAACAUUAAAACAAAUAAAAAGUGGACCCGCGCAACUACUUAUCUAUUGGUUGACCUGAUGACGGAAUUCCAACGUAAAGAAAGAAUUGUUUCUCUCUCACAGCUGGAUACCUUGUGGAGCAGAAUAGCCCAGGCAAUGAAGGUUCAGCACUAUGAUUUCACAGACGAACAGUGCAGACAGAUGUGGAAUUUUCUGAAAAACGCUUACGAAUACAAGGUUACCAAAUCACAAAGCCCAAUAUCCAUACAUGCCUGGGGUCUUUUCAGGAGGGUUCAUCAAAUCUAUAAUCAAUUGGAAAUACCAAUUAUGACAAAAAAACGAGCACAUAGUCCUGGCCCAGGGGAUCAUAUAAUACCUAAGCAACGUAUUUCAGCUGUUGAGUCCAUGAAAACUGUUCCGAGCACAGGGAAUUACUCGUUGCAGAAGGUGAAUGACAAAUCAGUGGCUGCUAAAGAAUAGAAUUAUGAGAUUAAUAAUGUACCUGCUAAGAAAGAAACCCAUAACUUGAUACAUGAACCGAAAUAUCCAUUAGAAAACUCUAUGACUUUAUUCUCAUAGCUUUAACUCUUAAGCAAUGUCGAUGUUUGAUGGUAAUAUCUUCAAAAAAUACCUGAUUCGCGGUACCCAUUUCUCUUGUAAGGAAACUGAACGUUGACAAUAUGUGGUUUUCUAGUUUUUUUUUUUCUUAAGAAGGAAAAUGACACAUGUAGUGAACUUAAGUAUGUUCAUCGUAUUAUCGGAUAUUUGUAGAAAUCAGUGAUAUCUUUUCUGGUCAUAGAUUUGUAUCUACCUAAUUUUAUGGUGAUGUUGCGCAGAGUUAUUUUUUAUGUUUAUUAUUUUUUUUUUAUUUUUUUUUCUUUGGAGAGCAAUUAGUUUGUAUUUUUUGCUUAUUCUUUAUGUUAUUGUAUACGUACUCUCUGCCUCAGUUUUUAAUAUCUAAUUUGUGCAGUAAAACUGAAGACUCAAAGUAUAACUGAAAUAGUAGCCAUUCGAAUAAAGUAUUGUGAAUUUCAUUAUUCUUUAUUUACAAAGCAGUAAUUCAGCUGCGUAACAAAUUACGAGAUAUUUUAUUUCUGAGUUUCGUGAUUCGUGCAUCCACCAAAUUUUAGAUACCUGUUUCAAUUUUAAACGAUAUUUUAUUUUGAGUCCCGUUAGCCACCCACAGUUACUAAUAUCUAAUCGUAAAAGAUAGUAAAAAUAUUAAAUGUUGACAUAAUAUCAAACUGGCACGUAUUUUGUUUUCUCAAACAAUCUAGUCGGUACGUACCUAUAAAUAUGGUGAAUGCACAACUAUAUACAGAUAAAUCAACAACAUAAUUGCCAUGUUCGCAUUAAGAACAUACAAAUCUAUCAAAAAAAAAGAAAAAGAAAAAUAAUAACAAUUCAUUUUGUACUAAGAUAUAUCUAAAAUAAAUUAUCUAUAACCAUCUUAA